ACAAAACGCUUAAAAUAAACCCGUCUCAAAAGUCUCAACCACACCAACAACGCUUAUUAUUAUUCUUUAUUUCUUCUUCUCCUUCUCAUCAUCUUCUGAAGUCACAUAAAAAGGUUCAAACGGCGAGACUUGUUUGUUUUCUCUCGUGCCCUCCUUCCAUAAUCGUCUUCUCCUUCUUCUCAAAGGGCUCUAAGUACAGUACUAAGUUAUAGGAAGAAGAUAUAUCAAUUAUCUAUCAAUUAGCAUGAGAAACAAGUAUACUUCUUUUCUUGGCAAGAACUUCAGGACCUCAAAGUUCAAACCUCUCGUCAGUCUCGCAAUCUCUCGCCUUGCUGUUCUCAAGCACCAGCGUCAAGUCAGGUGCUCACAAGCGCGGUCCGAUGUUCUUCAGCUCCUCCAACUUGGCAACCAUGAACGGUCUCUUCUUCGCGUGGAGCAUGUGAUCAAGGAACAGAAUAUGUUGGAUGUGUAUGACAUGAUAGAGAAAUAUUGUAACCUCUUAAUUGAGAGGAUUCAUCUAAUUGAACAUGAAAGAGAGUGUCCUGAAGAACUGAGGGAGGCAACAUCAGGUUUGCUUUAUGCAGCUUCAAGAUGUGGGGAUUUUCCAGAGCUACAUGAGAUUCGUGCCAUUCUCACGUCUCAUUUCGGGAAGGAAUUCGCAGCUCGCGCCAUUGAAUUACGUAAUAACUGCGGAGUCAACCUUGCGAUGAUACAAAAGCUGUCAACUAGGCAGCCAAGUUUGGAGAACAGAAUGAUGGUCCUGAAAGAAAUUGCCGCCGAGAAGAGCAUUGUUCUGCAACUUGAGGAAGCUGCUCCUUGUUCCACUCAGGAGAAGACAGAUGUGCAAAAGGACCAACACCAACCUGCACCGAAAACAUCUGCGGGUCUGCAUGGCUUGCCAGAAGAUCUCGACAAUGAUAAGUUGGUGACCAAGCAAUACAAAGAUGUCGCUGACGCAGCUCAAGCAGCUUUUGAGUCUGCAGCUUAUGCUGCAGCGGCCGCAAGAGCAGCGGUCGAGCUUUCUAGAUCUGGACAUGAUUCUGAUAAUCAGGGUGGUCCAGAGAGUCAACAAGGAAAAUCUUCUCAAAGAAACGAGCCCACAAAGACAGAAUCUACAUUAGAAGAAAAGAAAAUUCCAGUUGAAAAUCAUACUGUAGGAUUGAAGAGGCCAUCCUCUUCUUCAAGCUCAGAUGCUAUGAGUCAAGUGAAACCUUCCGCGAUGGAUGUAGUUUUCGAUGAGAGUGAUGGUGAGGAAAUGGAUGUGAAAAACAUUACGUCUCUGUCUGAUAUGAAAAUCUGCCAAAAGGCUGAUUCAGUGCAGCAAGACUCCAGAGAAAAAGAUGAUAUGGGCUCUGGGGUCGAAAAUGCACCACGUUUAAACUUACAAAAGGGGCCAUUUUCUGUGAGAACUCGACACUUGUGGGGUUACUGAGUUUUUCGGUACGUUUUUCAACUGCAUGCAAAUUUUAGUUGUGUGGUUAUGUCAUGAGUUGAUUCAACGAGUUUGCUUGAUCUCUUGAAUGAAAUGUAUGCUUUACUUCUUCGUCUUUUUGUUUUUUAUUUUUUGUUUUUGUAACGAAUUAUGAAGAUGAAAGAUUUUGUGUUUUGUUAUGGAGGUAAAAAAUUUUCAGA